GGUAGUGGUAGUGGUAGUACCAGUACAAGUGUGUAUAAAUAGACAUAAACAAAACCAAACUUGACGUCCAAGCAACCUAUUAGUUAAUCACCAUUGUUCCAUAUUCUUUUCUUUCUCUGAUCAGAUCAGAUAAUAUAAGAAUGAAAAACCCUGACCCUCUAGACUUUCUCUGAUCCUUCUUCCCUUCUUUGGCCCUGAGGGAGGGCUUUUCAAGGGAGACUCCUCCUCUGAUUUCUUCUUCUUGAUCUUAUUCUUGUUCUUGUUUGUCAAUUAAUUGACAUAAUAUCUGUCGCUGGUUGGCUGUUUCGAAUUGGAGAUCGAUCGACCAGGUUCAUAUAUCUAUCAGGUGGAGGAAAUUAAACCCUAUCUGGGGAGGGGAGGGGAGGGGAUGGGCAUGAUCAGAGCAAUAAUAAUUCUGAAAUCAUGACAUGGUCCAGUGACAAUGAUGAAGAAACAUCCCUCCAAAUUAUUCCCAACACUAACACUACUGAUGAUGCUGUAGUUGCUAAUUUAAAGGCUGACAAUCUUAGGACAAUAAUUUGCCCUUCCUGUGGCCACUCCUUUAAGCUCCAAGAUCAGAGUGGAGCAAUUCAAGAUUUGCCUGGAUUGCCUGCUGGGGUCAAAUUUGAUCCAUCUGAUCAAGAAAUUCUACAACACCUGGAUGCCAAAGUCCUGUCUGAUACAAGAAAACUCCAUCCUCUCAUCGACAAAUUCAUUCCCACAAUCGAAGGUGAAAAUGGGAUCUGCUACACUCAUCCCGAGAGGCUACCAGGAGUAAGUAAAGAUGGCCAAGUCCGGCAUUUCUUCCACCGGCCAUCGAAGGCCUACACGACGGGGACACGCAAGCGGAGAAAGGUCCACACCGACGCCGACGGCGGCGAAACCCGGUGGCACAAGACCGGAAAAACAAGGCCGGUUUCGACAGCAGCAGGCAGCGUCAAAGGUUACAAGAAAAUCCUUGUUCUCUACACAAACUACGGCCGGCAAAGGAAGCCGGAGAAGACGAAUUGGGUGAUGCACCAAUACCAUUUAGGGGACAACGAGGAGGAGAAGGAUGGAGAGCUCGUCGUAUCCAAAGUGUUCUACCAAACACAGCCCCGACAAUGUGGGAUCAAAGAGACUGUUGCAGCCGACAAAUCGACCCAUUUUGGGAAAAAUAAUAAUGCAGCACCUGGAUUUGUGGAGUAUUACAAUGAUCAGCCCUUUGUUUCUUCUUACAGCCACAGUAACAAUAAUAAUGCCAACAGAGACAGUCCACCGCAGGUUAUGAUUCAUCAGAAUUUGGUUGUCCAUGGCGAUGGAUCGUCCAGCUUUAUCCAUUUGCCUUCAAGUGCAAGAAAAGGGGAAUGAGGGAGACAUGGAGUUCAUCGAUCUUGUAAGAAUACUAUUAUUAGGGUAUAUAGUAAUAUAUAUAUAUAAUAUAUAGUAGUUAUGGGAUGUGGAAUUAAUCUUUAAUUUGCCUGAAAAAUAAAUUAAAGAUUGGGAAAGGGGAAUAAAUGGGAGCAUGAAACAGCUGCUGCUAAUGAGCAUAAGAGAUUUGAAGUUAUUGUUAGUGGUUAAUUAAAUAAGCUUCUUGAUCAUCUCUACACAAGAAUAUGUAUGUAUAGAUUUGUUUUGCUAGUGAUCUAGAAUUUGUAUUAAUUAUACAUCCUCAGGAAAUUUGUCAAAUUAUGUGUAUGUUAAUUAUCAAUUGU